AUGUCGAUACAUGGUCUCGAGGUAAAAAUCUUCCUUCCUCGCAACAUACAGCUUGCUAUAGAAUGGCGUAGUUUGAACCUUCGUCUCGGGCAUGCGAUGGUGGAUGAGAGGGGUGAACGGGAGCCCGUGACGAUGGAAGGAAGGGAGAGAUCGGUAACCGGCGUGCGUGGGGGAUGUUGUCUGCACACGCAUUGCCAUCUCAAUGAUGCCGUACCCCUGCUCGCCGGACGUCAAUACAUAGCGUUGAGGCAGAAAGCUUCCUUCCCUCACGGCGUACAGCUUGUUUCCCCAUACAAGACGUCACGCACGGGAUGGUGGAUGAGAGGAGUGGUUGCGCACGUGCGAGGGAAAGAGGGUUCGGCGAUCGUCUUCCUCGGCGUCGACAUCACGCUCGCCGGAAGACGAUACAUCGUCUUGGGCCAAAAUUCGGCAUCCUACACGCUGGCAUCUCCUUCCCAGGACGACCCCUCGGCAGAUAACUUUGUUCCUUGCCCAGUGAGAGCUUCUCAGAUAUCGAUAACGAGACCGGAGAAGGGAGCAAUGGCCGUCGUGCGGGGGUGUAAGGGAUAUGAAGAUGGAAGCAGGGAAAGGACACGAUCAGAGAUCUGCGCACAUCCUCUCCUGCAAAACCAUCCCCGUGAGGUCGACGGGGGCCGAGAGGAUCGGCGGGGGAGUCAAUGA